AUGUCGAGCCCCAGUGCCGCGAGCGGCGACAGCCAACCUCCUGCGGCGUCGCCGGCGCUGCAGGCUGCGGAUGCUUCCGCCGAGGGCGCGGGGGCAGGGGCAGGAGGAGACGCUUGGGCCAAGAUGUCAGAUGGCGCCCGCUGGGGAGCAGUUCCCAUGAGGCGCAACGCCCAGCGCCGAGUCACGGUGAAGCUCUUCGCCGAGGACGAUGUCAACCUGGUUCGCAGGCUCGUGACCCGGCACCGCCUCAACGCGAGGGUCCUCAAGGCGAAGGUCACCGAGUACAAGGAUGGCAUCCUGGAGCACGGGCUCUUGAACGACGUGAAUCUCCUCACUGGCGGCGGCACCCUCUUCGAUGCGAUGCGCGCUGCGAUCAAUCAGAACCGGCAUAACCCGAAUUGCCUCGACAUUUUGAAGAAUGGCGUGGAGAACACGAUCGCCCUCGACACCACCGCGACAGACGAGGAGAUAUCCUGGCUCAAGAACGUGCACGACCGCUUCCACGGCGGUCAGGGCGCCACUCUGGCCGAGUGCUACCGCGAGGCGGUGGAGUCGCAGAAGGAGUGGGCAACGUUCUGCCGCCAGAACGGCAUCACGGUUUCUGGCUGCCCCAAAAAAGGCCCGUACACGCGCGCCAAGCGCUUCGAGGCGUUCAUCCUGGAUCGGUGGAGUAACGGCGCCCGAACAGACUUCGAGGCCCUCGAGGCUGAUCCCCCGUGCCAGUGCGAGCCCGAGCCUCCUCGCUUGGCGCCCUGGUCUAAGACGCCCCAGUUGGAGGACGAGGAGGCUUUCGAGGCAAUCACUCGCGUUGCGUUUUUCGAGGCGGGGGGCGCCGGGCGCCGGAUGGCGAUGGGCGAGGAAGCCAUCCUUGAGAGGCGCGCCGAGAGAGAGCGCCGCGCGGUGGCGUUCACCCCGCCAAGGGCCCCACCUAGGGCCCCGCCGCCUCGUUCGGAGUCGAAGCCGAAGGUUCGGGACGACGAGGCCGAGGCGAGGGAUGCAAAGGAUGCACUCACUCGCGUUGCGUUUUUCGAGGCCGGGGGCAUCGGUCGCCAGAUGGCGGAGAACGAGGAAGCGAGCCCGUGCAAGGGUUUCUGCAACAAGUGGGUGACCUACGACAACAUGAAGGUCGUCGCGAACCAGCUGGUGGCUGCCGACACGUUUGAGUACGUUGUCAAGACGAUGGAAGAGGGCGCCAACUCCUCGAAGCCUGGAUGCACUGCGCACUGGGCCAUGAACCACGCUCACGCUCUCAAGGUUGCCAUAUUCAGCGACACCUUCACGAAGACGGUCGAGCCGGGCAUGCUGAACUUGAUUUUCGCGGAGGCCUUGCAAUUUACGAUGCCCCUCUGCGCUCUCGAGGGCGAGGCGAAGAAGAAGGCCGCGAAGAGGGGAUCUGCGGGAACCGCUCACCUUGAGAAGCAGGAGGAGCAGGCGUUGCAGCAGCCCGCUUUGACAGAUGGAACUCCGAAGGCGUGGACGCACGACGUGGCCCAGUGCGUCGCGAGCCCCGCCGCCAUCCUGAUGGAGACCGGCUCUGCUCACAGCGAUGUGUUGCUCGCGAGCCAGCGCAUAGCAGUUCGCCAAUCUUUGACGCUGCUGUGGGAUGCUUCCUUGGUAGUGAACGGCAAGGCGGUGAAGGCGUGGAGCAAGGCGCGCAAAGCCAUCAAAUCCGACAUAGUCAAAUCGAACUUGCGCAUCCUCGGCGAGGCUUGCGGCGAAGACGACUUGGGCAGUCUGGGCCCCGACGCCGUGGCCGCGAAGAUCGCGUCGCCCCUGGACAAGAAGGACGACGGCGCUGCCAAGCCCGCGACGACAGACCCAGAGAGGGAUCGCCUGGACUCGUUCCUUAGUCUGAGCCGCGUGAUGGGUCUGCUCCUUUUCAUCGAGAGGAACCCUCCGACCCUCUCGCCCGACCUGAGCGCGAAGUUCCAGGGGCUGAUGCAGAUCGCUGGGAAUUGGGCGAAGUCGAACAGGGAGAUGACCAAGAAGAUCACGUGGACUUCGCUCCUGCAGACUCUUCUCCCUACGGUUCACGAAGCCUACGACGAGGACGCCAUAAUUGCGGCGACCAUGCCGAACGUGAGCGAGGUGUCCAGCGGCCUCUUCGAGACCGUCGAGACAAUGGAGAGGGUCGUUUCCUCGAGGGCCCUCUGGAUGCUCGAGGCUUUCAAGGCGCUGGCUACAGGGCCUGGCCGCGUGACAGCCAAGGGCGCCACUGACUUCGUCGGUCCGCUCUGUGGGCGUCUCUGCACUGAUCUCGCCGCGGCCGAUGCUAGCUGCGCGGACUUCGCGGAUUGGCGCAACUUCUGGGUCGGCCUCCUCAACGCAUCGGCGGGGGUCGACAACAUGGCGGCCCAGUGGGAGCAGACCGUCGCGCAGUACCUCCAGACCGACCUGUUUGACGCCAUCAUGCGGCAGACGUUUGGCGCCGACGGCGAGGCAGCGGCGGCAGAGGGCGAGGCCGAGCCCCCUUCGAAGAAGGCGAAGGUCGAGGAGGCCACGACCGCCGCCGAGACCGCGGCCGAGACCGCCGCCGCGCUGCCAGCGCAGGCCGCGCCGGGACCCGAGCCGCCCGCCGCGCUCGGCUUCGCGGAGCAGGCCUCAGCGCCCAAGCCCCAGGAGGAGAAGCCGAUGGAGCAGGACCCCGCGCCCGAGGGGCCCCAGGGGGAGGAGCCGAAGGAGCCCAAGGUCUUCCAUUCGGUGCUCCACAAGCAGCCGCAGCAGGCGGCUGAUACUCAGCAGUUGCUCGACCCGUUCGGAGUCGGCGAGAUCGACAAUAAGGCUAAGGCCAUAGAGGACACGAGGCAGAGGGUUGCGGCGGCCAAGCAGGCGUUGCAGGCACGACGCGCGGAGCGUCAGGCGCAGGUGGCAGAUGGGAAGAUCAUGGCCGAGACUACUGAGGGCGAGGGUAAGCAGUUCAAAAGCAUCGCGACUUUGCGGACCCUCCACAAGGGUGGGGAUAUCCAAAUGACGGACCAGCUCAUGUUCGCGUUCGGCACGCGCCUCCGAUCCUUCGUGGUGGAGAUGAGCGCUAUGGGCGCGAGUUCCUCGCGGACUGCUGCGUGGAGGACCUUGGCUCCGUGGAAGGGGGUUCCCGGGCUGCGCGCCAAGAGGGUGGUGCCCGAGAACCUAGUGCUCACUUUCACGGGCCCCGUCGUUCGGGCCCCAGUCAAGGGGGCCUUACCUGUCUGCGACGCCAUGGGCACGACCUUCUACAUUACCCCGACCCCUGGAAAUCUGAGUUGCGACCACGUGUGCCCCGCGUGGUCGGCGUCCAUCGUCGAGCCCACGAAGCACGACCCGAACCCGAAGACGACGCUGGCGGUUCGCAUGGAGGAGCGCUCGCUGGCGUUCGAGUGGACGCACUUCGGGGCCGCCCAGAGGAUUGAGGUGACUGUGACUUUCUACCAGAUGCGCAAGAACCCCGAGCCGCGCCCGACUUGGGACGGUUGGGAUGCCCAGGGCGGCUACGUCAAGCUGACCAGGCCCGUCAUGAGCAGCCAGGUCACACAGGUGCCCAAACCCGCCGACAAGGGCAAGGGCAAUGGCAAGGGCAAGAAGGAUAACCCAUUCGCCGCGUGCAAGCAUCUGUUGCACUGA